AUGUCUGCUCGUGGCGCCCAGCCGCGCCAGGGCUUGGCCGGCCUCCAGCUCGGCCUGGCCUGCUGUGCUCUACUAUUCUGCCUCUUCGUCGAGCUGGCCGCCGAGGUCGGGCAGAAGGCGAAGGAGGCGUCGGGCAAGAAGCCGGUGAUUGUUCAGUACCCUCGCGACAACUUCCUCCUCGAAGGCGGCCUGGUUGAGUUUAUGUGUCGCGCCGAGGGCGACCCGAAGCCGUUGAUUCGGUGGUACCACGCGGACACCGGCCAACCCGUCCAAGAUCAGGCGCCCCAGACCUCGGGUGGCUCUACCGACGACAGCGGAACUGCUGGUACCGGCACCGGCGGUACGAACGGCGUCGGUGAUCAGGCGCCCCAGACCUCGGGCGGCUCUACCGACGACAGCGGAACUGCUGGCACCGGCACCGGCGGCACGAACGGCGUCGGCGGCGGUGGUAUCGCGGCUCAACACGGCGGACCGGGACUGCAUGUGAACCAGCAUCACGGACAGCUGAUGCUGACGGACCUCCGUGCAGAGGCCAGCUACGCCUUCUACUGCAACGCGUCGAACCCGCACGGUUGGGUCGUCAGCCCCAGAGUGGUCGGCGGUAUCGCCUUUCUGGCCGACGAGUUCGCUCGUCAGCCUCUCGACAAGACGGUCCGAGAGGGCGACCGUGUCAUCCUCGAGUGCAGUCCGCCGCGGGGCCAGCCCACGCCUCGAGUCGAGUGGCGUCGCGACGACCGAAGCGUCGCCGAAUUGCCGGCCUCUCGAAGGUCCUCGACGGCCGGCGCCGCCGCCGGCGGAGGAGGCGUCGAGGCGGCCGGGUCGGGUCUGCUGGUGCUGCCUCAUCGGGCCCAGUUCACCGAGUCCAGCCUGACGUUGGUGAAUGUGACGCCGGCCGACGCCGGCGUCUACGCCUGCGAGGCGCCCGGCGGUCAAGCGCUCGCCGAGGCCAAGCUGACGGUACAGUCGGCGCCGGCCUUCCUGCGCACGCCGGAAGAGCAGACGGCCCGUGAAGGCGACACGGUGGAGUUCCACUGCGAGAGCAUCGGCUAUCCACGACCGUCGGUGUACUGGGAGACGCCGAGCAAACUGCCGCUCUUCCCGCCCGAGGACGGCCAGGCGGUCGGCGACCAGCCGGCCAAGUAUCUGCUGCAUCCGUCGGGCCGUUUGGUCAUCUUCCACGCGACCAGGGCCGACGAGGGCCAGUACACCUGCACGGCACACUCUUCCGUCAACACUGUCUCCUCGUCCGCUCUGCUCCGCGUCCUCCCGGCGCGCCACAGACCGCCUGUACCACCGCCAGGCGUCUUCCGGCCCGGCCAAUCCGGCCAACCGGGCCACCUCGACGGACUCGGUCUCCUCUCGCCCCGGCUCGACGAUGUCAUCGCGCCCGUCAUCAUCUUGCCGCCGGCCAACCAGACUCUGUUGCUAGACCAAACGGCCACGCUGCAAUGCGACCUCGGCGCGACACGACAACCCAACGGCCUGUUGUCCGGCGCUGCCGGUCGCUCGGGCGUCGUCGUCGGGCCUCGGGUCGUCUGGCUGCGUGCCACUCGCGCCACCGGCGGUCUCCACGAGCAGUUGGACGAGGCGACG